AUGUUAUACGACGCAGUCAGCGGGACUCUUAUGGUUAUCGACUUUGAGCGGGCAGAGCUGCGCGAUCGCCAGCCUCUUGGCAUGGUGAACCCGAACGGCCAAGGUCGGAAGAGGAAGCGCGGUUUGAUACUGUGGAAGCAAGGAAAAGACGACUUCACGAAGGAACUACAGUCCGUCGUCGAGGCUCAGAACUGGUCACUUCGAGGACAAGAAAAAAUCUCGAGCGUGCUCGCGCUGCGAGUCCCGGUCCCGGCGUGUUACGUAAAUCGACCGGGAGAGGCGCGUAUUCCUCCUCCGUCCCAGGAUUACUAG